AAGUGGGGAAAAACCCUUGAGAUAAAGGCUGUUUAGCUCUCUCUCUCUCUUUCGCUCUCUCUCACCGUCCCUGGUGUCAGUUCGCUGGAGGAUUUUGUCGGAGUUUCCCGAGCGUCUCUGCAUCUGUAAGGAUGUGGUUGUGGCUGGUUUUGUUCCUGCCCGCCCUCUCGGUGGCUCAGAGGUCAGAGCCCGUGUUCUCAGCUAUAACCAAGACCGUCCUUCCUCCAGACUACGACAACAACCCCACCCAGCUCAACUAUGGCGUGGCUGUCACUGAUGUGGACGGGGAUGGAGACCUGGAGAUAUUUGUAGCUGGCUACAAUGGCCCGAACCUGGUGCUAAAGUACGACAAACAGAGGAAAAGGCUUGUCAACAUCGCUGUUGACAACCGUAGCUCCCCGUUCUAUGCCCUGAGAGACCGUCAAGGCAACGCCAUCGGAGUGACAGCUUGUGACAUCGAUGGAGAUGGACGGGAAGAGAUUUAUGUCCUCAACACCAAUAACGCCUUCUCUGGUCGGGCAACAUACUCUGACAAGCUGUUUAAGUUCCGUAAUGGGCGCUUUGAAGAUCUGCUGAGCGAUGAUAUUAACGAACACAGAGACGUAGCCAACCCUAUGGCUGGGCGCUCAGUGGCCUGUGUGGACAGAAAGGGUACAGGUCGUUAUGCUAUCUACAUAGCAAACUACGCCAGUGGCAACGUGGGCCCUCAUGCGCUCAUAGAAAUGGAUGAGGCAGCGAGUGACCUUUCGCAGGGUGUCGUUGCCCUCUCCAAUGUGGCAGAGCGGGCUGGAGUCAACAAAUUCAUUGGAGGAAGAGGUGUCGUGGUGGGGCCCAUUGUCAGUCAGACUCUGUCUGAUGUGUUUUGCGACAAUGAGUACGGUCCAAACUUCUUGUUCAGGAACAAUGGCGAUGGAACUUUCACGGAUGUGGCACAGCAGGCUGGUGUAGAAGACCCCAUGCAGCACGGCAGAGGGGUGGCUCUUGCAGACUUCAACCGUGACGGUAAGACGGACAUCGUCUACGGGAACUGGAACGGACCUCAUCGGUUGUACAUGCAGCUCAGUAACCGCAAGCAAAAGUUUAAGGACAUAGCAUCCCAGAAGUUUUCCAUGCCCUCCCCGGUUCGAACUGUUAUCGCUGCAGAUUUCGACAAUGACAACGAGUUGGAGGUGUUCUUCAAUAACAUCGCUUACAGAGGCCCCUCCGCCAACAGGCUCUUUAGGGUGAGCAGGAGAGAACAUGGAGACCCCCAGAUAGAAGAGCUGAAUAUCGGGGAUGCAGCAGAGCCUGAAGGACGAGGAACCGGAGCGGUAGCCACAGACUUUGAUGGGGAUGGGCGCCUGGAACUGCUGGUGUCUCACGGUGAAAGUGCAGCACAGCCUCUCUCUGUCUACAAAGUCAACCAGGGCAAUGCAAACUCAUGGCUGCGAGUGAUUCCCCGGACAAAAUUUGGCGCUUUUGCCAGAGGAGCUAAAGUGGUUGUAUAUACAAAAAAGAGCGGCCCACACACAAGAAUAAUUGAUGGUGGCUCAGGGUACCUCUGUGAGAUGGAGCCUGUUGCCCACUUUGGCCUCGGCAAGGAUGUGGCCACCAGUGUGGAGGUGUUCUGGCCAGAUGGUCGUUCAGUAGCCCGGGCCCUCGAGCCGUCAGAGAUCAACUCAGUGCAGGAGAUCCACUAUCCAAGAGAUGAGGAGGAAGUUACUCCUACUGUGGAAAUAGAGUGUGGUCACGGGUUUGCUUUGAAUGAGAAUGGCCGCUGCACGGAUCAAGAUGAGUGUACCCAGUUCCCCUCUGUGUGUCCCUCUGACCGCCCUGUCUGCACCAAUACCUAUGGUAGCUAUAAGUGCCGCGCCAAGAGAAGAUGCAACCAGGGCUUUGAGCCCAACGACGAUGGGUCAGCCUGUGUGGCCCAGGUGGCUUACUUUGGGGGAACGCGGUCUUCUGGGGAGCGCAAGUGCUCGGGCCUUACUUUCCGGCUGCUCCCCGUCUCUCUGCUACCACUCAUCUCUACCCAUCUCUAUUCUGGACUGCUGUAGCUGUGACUGCUUUCUCCCCUUCCUAACUCUUUCCACUACUAAAAGUGGGUGUACAGAAACUCUUAGA